GUUGAUAAAGGCGCCUGGCCGGUUUCCCCGCCUGCCACUCCAGCGCAUGGCACGGCUCCUGGCUCGCCCAGCAUGAGCGCCGCCACUCACUCCCCGCUGGUGCAGAUGGAGGGCAGCGCCGAGCCGCUGCCCCCCGGCUGGGAGAUCAAGAUCGACCCGCAGACCGGCUGGCCCUUCUUCGUGGACCACAACAGCCGCACCACGACCUGGAGCGACCCGCGCCUGCGGGCCGAGGCGGCCAAGGAAGGCCAGUCAUCAGCAAAUGGUCCAUCUCGUGACAGUCCAAAGCAACCACAAGGAAACAUGGGAUACCCAAAACUCCGGGCUGGCUAUAUCCCAAUUCCAGUCAUCCAUGAAGGCAUUGAUAACAGACAGCAGCACCCCUGCUUUUCUGCUCAACCUGGUGUGCAACGGUUCAAGACAGAAGCUGUGCCUACCACAGUGCAGGCACAGCCACCUUUAAGGGGGGCCUAUGCCCGCUCCGAGUCCCCUUCAAGGGGACCUGCUGAAGCCUCUCCAACAGAUAAACAAUGUGGACAGACAACGGCAGCUGCAGCAGCCCAAGCUCCAGCUACACAUGGACCUGAGCCUCAGUCUCCUGGAGCUUCUGAUUCACCAACGGUUUCCCCUCAGUCAUCUGGCAGAUCCAACACAGGAAGCCAUCAGCUUCCUCGUGGUUAUAUUCCAAUUCCUGUGAUCCAUGAAAAUGUCCAAAGGCAGCCAUCUCAAGUCUAUCAUCAGGCACAGAAGAUGCACUACCCUGCCCAGCAGAGUGAAUACCAAGCCCACCAACCAGUGUUUCACAAAAUCCAACCAGAUGACAGGGAGUCUAAGACAGCACGAGCCCAGUCUCCAUUCAGAAUGUCUCAGAAAGGUUCAUCAAGUCGUGAAAGCUCACCAGCCAGAGUUACCACUCAGAUACAGACCCCAGCUCCUAUCAGAGUACAGACAGUUGUAGACAGACCCCAGGUUUCUCAGCAACAAGUCCCACCUCAAGAGCCACCAAGACCAUCCCCACCACCUGAGAGCAAAACAGAAAACACAGCAGUCCCACCACCUGAUACUGAGAUGCCUUCACCAUAUAUCCCAAUUCAGGUCACUCACCAGGAACCAGAUUCUAAACCACCACCCCAGAAGCCUUCAGCCAUGCCAGAGAAAGCUGAGAAAAAGGUUCCCUGCCCAGCUAAGAUUGUGCCCCCACAGGAAAGGCCUGCUCCUGAAGAAACUGCAACAGUGAAGACAAUAGAAAUGGGAGAACCUCAAAAGCAUCCUGGUGUUUUGAAAGUGGAGGCAAUUCUGGAGAAAGUACAAAUGCUUGAGCAGGCAGUCGACUCCUUUGAAGGCAAGAAAACUGAUAAAAAGUACUUGAUGAUUGAAGAAUAUUUGACCAAAGAGUUGCUAGCCCUAGACUCAGUGGACCCCGAGGGUCGUGCAGAUGUGCGCCAGGCCAGGAGAGAUGGUGUAAGGAAGGUCCAGAACAUUUUGGAAAGACUUGAACAGAAAGCAGAAGAUGUCCCAGAACCAGUUCAAGUUGAUGGACUUCAGUCAACUUUGCCAGAGCCUAAGCCACCACAGGAAAUCAUGGAGAUUGAACCUUUGGUAAUCAAGAGCAAGGAAGAUACAAGUAAAAAAGAUGCUAAAGAGGAAACCAAAAUGGAAAGACAUCAACCUGAAACUAAGGAAGAAGUGUUUACCAAUCUUGCCACCACAACAAACACAUCUAAUAAUCCUACUGAACCGUAGCCACAUGCUGAAAUUAAAAGCUCUCAGACUUUAUAACUUAAAGUGUGUUUAAGUGAAUUUUAAGUUGCAUGCAUUUCCAGAGCUCUUUUCAACUGGUUUUUAAUCAACAUAGCAGCUUGGGACACAGUAAACACUUCAUGGGGGAAGGAGGGAGUUAGAAAGAAAGUAAUGCAUUUAUCUUUUAUUCUUACACUAUGUAAAAAAUGUUUCAGCAACAAACCCUGUAUUUUAAUCACUUUUAGGUCAGCUGAGUGCAAGAAAAAUAAAAAAGAACAAUUUCAGGGUUAAUAUUGAUGAGUGUUGUAUUAGGGUGUAUUCUUUCGCAGGUGAUUUUUGUAAAAUCAAUGCCCUGCCUUGUCAGAGUACCAGUCCUAUAAGUGUAGCCACUCUAAUAGUAAUGUUUUAUUUUUAAUGUUCACAGUUGGGCACUUUAAGUAAUGAUGGAUAGAAGGUGUGCAAGAAACUGGGGAUAUUUAUAUGUGUGCAGGACUUCAAUGCUUUAUUUUAAGAGGGAAAUAAAAUAAUAUAGAAGCCUAA